ACAAAAGUUGCUCAACGCCAGGGUAUCGGGCCCCCAACAAAAAGUUGACAAUUUUCUAGCCUGCUCAGUCGAAAAUCGUUGCUAACCGAAGCCAAAAGGCUCUACUACAAUUAAGAAAGAACAUUUUUUGCGAAUUUUUAUUAUUACGAACGAAAAAUAAUAAGCAUAAUAUACAUAGAUACAGAUACGGUUAAUUGUACCCCAGGUCGUGGUUAGAGCUCAAUUUGAUUGGAAUUAUAUACAUAUAUAUAUAUAUAUAUAUCGCAACUCGAAUAAACAAAUACAGUCAGUCGCAAAAUGCCCAUUCAACCGAUUGAAUCCCCGAAAUGCCCGCGCUGCAGCAAGAGCGUGUACGCCGCCGAGGAGCGACUGGCGGGCGGUUAUGUAUUCCACAAGAACUGCUUCAAGUGCUCCAUGUGCAACAAAUCCCUGGACUCGACCAAUUGCGCAGAGCACGAGCGCGAGCUCUACUGCAAGGUAUGCCACGGACGCAAAUACGGACCCAAGGGCUACGGCUUUGGCACCGGCGCCGGCACACUCUCCAUGGACAACGGUGCACAGUUCCAGAACGGCCAUGAUGUGGUGAGGAACGGCGCUCGUCUGGAGCCGCGCGCCAUUGCCAGGGCGCCGGAGGGCGAGGGCUGCCCCAGAUGCGGCGGCUAUGUCUAUGCCGCCGAACAGAUGCUGGCCCGCGGACGCGGCUGGCACAAGGAGUGCUUCAAGUGCGGCACCUGCAAGAAGGGCCUGGACUCGAUACUGUGCUGCGAGGCGCCCGACAAGAACAUCUACUGCAAGGGCUGCUAUGCCAAGCAGUUCGGACCCAAGGGCUACGGCUAUGGCCAGGGCGGCGGCGCCCUCCAGUCCGAUUGCGUUGCCAGCGACGAGGGUGCACCGCAGAUGCGCGCCGCCAUCGACGUGGGUAAGAUUCAGGCGCGUCCCGGCGAGGGUUGUCCGCGCUGCGGCGGCGCCGUCUAUGCCGCCGAGCAGAAGCUGUCCAAGGGCCGUGAGUGGCACAAGAAGUGCUUCAACUGCAAAGACUGCAAAAAGACGCUCGAUUCGAUCAAUGCUACCGACGGUCCCGACGGCGAUGUCUACUGCAGGACCUGCUACGGCAAGAAGUGGGGACCACAUGGCUAUGGCUUUGCCUGCGGCUCGGGUUUCCUGCAAACCGACGGCCUGACCGAGGAUCAGAUCAGCAACAGUCGCCCCUUCGUCAAUCCGGACACCACCUCGAUCAAGGCGCCCGAAGGCGAGGGCUGCCCACGCUGCGGCGGUGCCGUCUUUGCGGCCGAACAGCAGCUAUCCAAGGGCAAGAUGUGGCACAGAAAGUGCUACAACUGCACCGACUGCCAUCGUCCACUGGACUCGAUGCUGGCCUGCGAUGGCCCCGAUGGCGACAUCUACUGCAAGGCCUGCUACGGCAAGCACUUUGGUCCCAAGGGCUUUGGCUACGGCCAUGCGCCCACGCUCGUCUCCACCAGCGGCGAGACGACCAUCCAGUUUCCCGACGGUGCUCCACUACAUGGUCAGAAGACCUCCGGCGGCUGCCCGCGCUGCGGCUUUGCGGUCUUUGCCGCCGAACAGAUGAUCAGCAAGAGCCGCAUCUGGCACAAGCGCUGCUUCUACUGCUCCGAUUGCCGCAAAUCUCUCGACUCGACGAAUCUCAACGAUGGACCCGACGGCGACAUCUACUGCCGCUCCUGCUACAGCCGCAAUUUCGGGCCCAAGGGCGUGGGCUAUGGCCUCGGCGCGGGCGCUCUGACAACGUUCUAAAUGCAAAAGAAACCCAGCCUCAACUUUAUUCAAAUUACCAGCAACAGCAGCAAUCGUUCCGAUCUUUUUAUUUUCCGUUUUAAAUCUUCUAGCUGUUACCCAGAAACUAAUUAAACUUAUCCACAACGCUAGCUAACUUAGUCUUCGGUUUUCCAACGAUUUUUGAUUGAACGAAAUGCAGAAACUGCGAAUGUUUUUGUCUUAGGUUAUGUGAGAAAUAAGCUUUAUGAACAAACAAAAAAAAAAAAAACAGCAAAAACUAAACAAAAAAAUCAAUAAAAGAAACUUGAAAAAACCAACAACAAAAAAAUGAAGUUCAAAAACUUACGAAAACCAAAUCAAAUAAUACGAAAUUAACUAUCGAACGCCAACUAACGAAACAAGUACCGACAAUGGCACAGGCAAAAAAAAUAACCAUAAUAUAUAAUAAUAAUAACAAUAAUAUCAUAAAACUAAAGAAACAUAAUAAAGAUGAAGUAAAUGCAGGCUAACAUUGGGCACAGUUGCAGCUAACAGUUUGGAGGGGCAACUGUACCGCGGAGACCAUCCAUCAGAGGAGAUAUUUACAUUUAUGUUGCGAAAGAAAGUAUCUAAUAUGCUCCAAUAUAAAACCAGAGAACUAAUGUAGAGAGCUAUUGCUCCCAUGAUGAUUGAUUAUGAUUAUUAUAAAUGAUAAAUGAUAAAUGAUAAAUGAUAAAUGCUAAAUGAUAAAUAAUGAUGAUAUAUGUAUGUAUAUUUAGCUUAUUUAGUUUAUAUGUUAAUAAGUACUUGCGAAUUCUUUGAUGAUAUGAUAUAUUUCAAAUAUUCGUUUGUUUUUGUUUUCCUUUAUUUUUUUGCUAAUUCUAAUUCAUGAGCAAUGUUCGGAUUCAUGCAAAUACUUGGACUCGCUCUAUAUACAACACACAUAACAUCCAAUAAUAUAUGCCCCAGUGGGUUCCAUGGAAACAAAA